UCACCCUGAUUGUGUACAGGUCAGUGUGUGGUAGAGUGACUGAUGGAGACCAACGUGGAUGAAAUUGACGGGAAGACAUCUGUAUUCAGCAAAGCAAACCCUCUUUAUGACAACACCAUGAAGCUCCAUGAGGCCGACCACUAUGACUUCCAGCACAGUGAGCUAAAGACUAAGAAACCAGCGAAAAACCGUUAUGGUAUUACUGUUCUCAUACUGUUUUUCCUGCUGCUGAUUGGACUGAAUUCUUUUCUGGCCUAUAAAGUCUUCACUCUGGAGGCUUGGGUUCACCUUCACUGUACAUCAGCUGAUGCCAAAACAGAGGAACUCAAGUCUGCUGAGGGAUUCAACCUGGGCAGCUCCAGUUCAGAUCAGGAGUGUCUCUCUGAUCUGUGUGGGAAUAAUGGGACUCUAGAGGAACUAAGGACUCAACUAAACCAGCUCAACAUUAGUGCACAUAGAGCCAUAGUUUGUCCACCUGGUCCAUCUGGUCCACCUGGCAGAACUGGAUUACAAGGUCCUCCUGGAAUACCAGGGAUACCGGGACAGAAAGGAGACACUGGCUCACCAGGUCAGGUAGGUGAGACUGGAGCUCCAGGUGAAAAAGGACAGAGAGGAGACAAGGGACUAGCAGGUGAAAGGGGCCCGGCUGGCAUGACAGGUCCACCUGGUAUUCCGGGCUUGAAGGGGGAUACAGGAGCGAGAGGAAUAAUAGGUUUACCUGGGACUGACGGUCGUCGAGGUGCAAAUGGAAAUCCUGGUAUCCCAGGAACUCCAGGGCUCCGUGGGCCACCAGGUCCUAAAGGAGACCCAGGUGCCAGAGGUGAGAGAGGAGAACAGGGAUCUUCAGGUCCUAGUGGGUCUCGUGGUCUGAUGGGACCUCCUGGUCUGCAAGGACCUCCUGGAGAAAAAGGUUCACCUGGACCAAAGGGAGACACUGGUGUUGGCAUUCCAGGGCGCCAAGGACAACAGGGACAAAAAGGAAGUCAAGGAUUGCAAGGUGUCCCUGGACUUCGAGGUCCGAAUGGAGAAAAGGGCAGUAAAGGUGAUUCGGGCCUAAGGGGAGCUCAAGGUCAGAAGGGAGAGAAGGGUGAUGUAGGACCCCGGGGUAGCGCCCCUGCUGUGGUUCGUUUAGUGGGAAGUUCCAGCCGAGGAAGAGUCGAGGUGUUUCAUGAGAAUGUCUGGGGAACGGUGUGUGAUGACAGUUUUGAUACUGUGGACGGUUUGGUGGUGUGCAAGAUGUUGGGUUUCCAGAGGGCAACUCAGGUGUUCACGGCCGGUGCAGGAACUGGACGCAUCUGGCUGGACGAGGUGAGAUGUACCGGAAAUGAGAGAAGCAUUUUUGACUGUCCACAUGCAGGAAUAGGAGUUAACAACUGUAACCACAGCGAGGAUGUGGGAGUUAGCUGUGCCUGAAUAAAAAGAAGAACACUUCUCACACAAAAAACUCAUUUUUGCUCCUUGACUUUUUUUCAACUGGUGUUUUUUGUGUGUGUGUGAUUUUUAGUGGAUGUAUAAAGUCAGUUCUCCUCACACAUAUGCAGUCAUCAAAUUAUCUAUAUUCCACAAAUGUUGCAUCAUUGCAAACCAAACUUCUUUUUGUCAAAAUGUUAUGCUUCAAAAGUGUUCAUGGUGUUAUCAAGGCAGCAACAUCCAUGCAUUUCUGAGUGGGAUUUGUGUGUGCAAAUAUAUUUGGCCUAUGUACAAUUUGAAUGUAUAAAUACCACAACAAACUCAUCCAUGAAUACUGUGCUAUCUUAAAACUGUCCUAACUCAUAACACUUACACACAGCAAAUUAAAGUGCUUAAUUUUAACUUUAAAA